GGAGCCGACAUGUGCAUUUUGCCAGAGUGGUCUGCAGGCUGGAAGGAUCCUAGAGUCCUGUACCGGUAUGUAGUCUGUAGAUGCUGAACUUCUAGAUGCAGUCUACGUAGAAUGCCGGAAGUGGGGAAAAGAAACUUGUUUGAACGGCGUGGGGAGUGGUCGCCUUUGGUUCUGAUCAAGUUUGAAUGGAUAAAGAUUGUUGACGUUGACUCCGGCGCACUUUAAUUCCAGUCCCUGUAGAUACAUCAAGAAUACGAACAAGGAGAAGACACUUAAGGAACAGGUUUCGGCUAUGGCAACCGGUCGAUAAUUUCAAACUCGAGUAAGGCCAGAGCCAUCCUGCUCAGAAUGCCUGCCUCAAAGCGUAUCACGGCGGAAGCAGCAGGCAUGAAGGCCACCACUAACCAGGCGGCAGGCAUUGAAUCAUCAGGCGUGCCCAAUAAAAAGCUCACAGGCAAAGAAAAGAAGCUGAAACGAAAGGAGGAGGUAGCAAAAGCCAAGGCCAGGGAGGAGACCGUCCGGCAAGCGUACUCGCGGGGCAGCAUACUUGCCGAGUUCCAACCGUUCAGGAAGUUUGAGCGAAAUGGGCUUUCCAUUACAUUGGAGGAGAGGAGGGCCGAGGAGCUUACUGCAGUGGAGACGCAGUUUGUUGAGCGCCUACUUGAGUCGAACAUGAAGAAGAUCUAUGGUGACAAUUGGCCGAGCCAAGCGGCGACGAGGCGACAACAGAUGGCGGAGCCGGAUGCACUAUAUCUGUUCCUUCACGACAGCGCCACCUCCUGCGAUGCUUCCAGCGAGGAUCCUUCCACAACAGGGUCUGAGGAUCUUGUUGGGUUUGUGCACCUGCGCUUUGUUAUCGAGGAGGACGUGCCCGUCUUGUACGUGUAUGAGCUGCAACUGGGAGACAAGGUGCAGCGGCAUGGGUUGGGCAAGUUUUUGAUGCAGCUCAUGGAGCUAAUCGCUAGAAAGAGCAGCAUGAAGGGCGUCAUGCUGACGGUCCAGAAACGGAACAAGGGCGCGCUGGACUUCUACCUCAACAGAAUGAAGUACAUAGUGGAUCCCAUCUCGCCCAGCAAGUCACACCCGCUGGCCCAACCCGAGGACUACGACUACGAGAUUCUCUCCAAGAUCCAUGAUCCAGAAACGAAGCAGCACUUGGAGGAGCGAUGCAAGCUGGCGCAAGCAGCCUGGCUCAGCGAAGGCUAUUAGCAGCCCUGAGAUAUAACCGUUGAAAGUGGAGCGAGGUUGGGUUUCGACAUGCACAGUCAAGCCGUACCCUCCUUGCGGGACUGAAAGACGCUGCUUUGAUUGAUAUUCGAGUUGUUCAGGUCAAAUUUGAAUUGGCUUCGGUUCG